CAACUAAAAGAAAAAAAUUGAAGUGUCUUGAUAUUCGAUAUAUAUAGACAUACGUAUAAUGCUAGAUGGGUCAUUGCUCAGAAUUCUGAUAAUUAAAACACUGGAAGUAAACUGAGUGAAGAGAUAAAAUGAAGUUAACCAUAGUUGGCAUAUUUUUGAUUGUCAUUCUAGGGCUUGCAAUGGGUAGUCCAGUAUCAGACAAGAAAGUACCGACAGGUGAAUUCUAAUAAUUAAAACACUAGAAGUAUACUGAGUGAAGAGAUAAAAUAUUUCUAAAAUGAAGUUAAUCAUGGUUGGCAUAUUUUUGGUUGUCGUUCUAGGGGUUGCAAUGGGUAGUCCAGUACCUGACAAGAAAGUCCCUACAGGUGGUGAGGCUUUCAAAGAAGUAGCACCAAAUCCAAAUUCCGACGUAGUCAAAGAGGGGAGUUUGAAGCAGAUUGAUAAUGAUUGCCACCCAGCAGAUUGCAAUAUCUCUUGUUGGCAACAAGGACUCAUUGGAGGUCGUUGUGAGUCCAAUAAAUGUGUAUGCUAUUAGGAAAAUCAUAAAUUGAUUUUGUGAUAAUGAAUCAACUACCUACUGCAUGUCUUAUGAUUUCAAAUAAACUCAUCAGACUAUAGUUCUACAAAAAAUGCAGUUUGUUUUAUAAUAAUAAUAAUAAUAAUAAU